CUCGCGAAUCUUCCAACUGACUGGUUGUACAAAAUUAAAAAAUCGUAUUAUUUAUUUUUUUUUAUAAUUACUCAAAAAUUAUUUGCGCAAGCUCAACUCGCCAAAGAAAUAUAAAAUUACAAAAGGAAUUUGAAAUAGUCUUUGAAACUUUUGGAAAAAUAAUAAUUUUAUUUUAAAUUGAAUAAUGGCGGUAGUUGAAGUUAGAAAUGGCUUCAAGUACUAUGGGAACCCGAAAAAACCAGCUAUAAUAUUGAAUGGUCUAAAUAUGACAGUUAUGCGGAGUAGUAUUUAUGGUUUACUAGGUGCUUCAGGUUGUGGAAAAACAACACUUUUAUCCUGUAUUGUCGGUCAACGUCAAUUAAAUAGUGGUGAAAUAAAAGUUUUAGGCUUAAAACCAGGUUUACCAGGCAGUGGUAUACCCGGACCAAGAGUUGGAUACAUGCCACAAGAUAUAGCUUUAGUAGAACAAAUGUCAAUCAAAGAAAUAAUUUGGUAUUUUGGUCGGAUUUAUGGUAUGACAGAUGAGGAUAUAUUUGAUAAAUUUAUUAUGUUAAAAAAUUUACUUGAAUUACCGCCACCACAAAGACUAAUUGGAAAUUGUAGCGGAGGUCAACAAAGACGAGUCUCAUUUGCUUGCGCAAUGAUUCACAUUCCAGAAAUAUUAAUUUUAGAUGAACCUACAGUGGGUUUAGAUCCAAUAUUAAGAGAAAGAAUUUGGGAUUUUUUAGUAGAAAUAACAAAAACAACUAAAUGUGCUAUAAUCAUAACAACACAUUACAUUGAAGAGGCUCGCCAAGCAAACUGUAUCGGUUUAAUGCGUAGUGGAGUUUUAUUAGCUGAAAAUUCCCCAGAAGAAAUACUGACAAAAUAUGGGUGUAAUUCAAUUGAAGAUGCAUUCUUACUUUUAAGUCAAAAACAGGGUAAAUCAGACGAAGCACAAAAAUCAAUAAUAAAGGAACAAACACAGAAUUCAAAUACACCCAUUCAAGUGAUAACAUCUGAAACAAAUGAAAAAAUUGCAACGUUACAAACAGGGGAAGAAUUUCGAUUCAAAAAAAGAAUGUCAUUUCAAGAGCAAAGAGCACCAGGCUUUAUAGGCACAUUUCAUUUUACUUCAACAAGACGGAUGAAAGCAUUAUUAGCUAAAAAUUGGGUUCAAUUUGUUAGGCAGUCAUCGAGCAUGGCCUUUGUUUUUAUAUUUCCACUAUUAUCAUUGAUUCCCUUUUUUUUGGCUAUUGGGAAAACACCAAAAGGCAUUGAAAUUGGUAUAGUGAAUGAAGAAGCCAGCUUACAGCAAUGCUAUGAUGAAACACUUGUCACUGUUACUCGAUUCAAUGAUUCUUGUGAAUUUUCAAAAAUUUCGUGUCGUUUUAUGCAAAAUAUUGAUCAAGAUAUUACAAUACCUGUAUAUUAUAGUUCGGAGGCGGAAGCAUAUAAAGCAGCGAAUGAAGCACAGGUUGCAGGUUACAUUCGUUUUUCACAUAAUUUUUCAGAAGCAAUGCAAUCUGUUUUAGAUGAAAGACAAUUUACUGAAGAUUGGAAUAUCAAUAACUUUCAAAUAUUGGUACGCCUAGAUAUGUCAGAUCAACAAAUUGCAUAUCAUCUCGAAAGGAAGCUUCAUGAAGCUUAUAAAUCAUUUAUGCAAGAUAUUAUGGUUGAUUGUGGAAUACCGAAGCAUUUUGCAAAUAUUCCCGUACACUUUUUAAAACCAAUUUAUGGAUCAUUUGACGAAGAAUAUCAAAAAUUUAUAAUACCUGGAAUACUUAUAACAAUUGUUUUUUUCAUCGUAACACUAACAACAGCAUCGACAUUCAUUAGUGAGCGUGCUGACGGUAUUUGGGAUAGAACUUUAGUCGCAGGGAUAUCUACAAGUGAAAUGUUAUUGGCUCAUAUCAUAUCGCAGAGUUUAAUUGUAAUAAUACAAUGUUUUGAGGUAAUUUUCUUUGUAGCUUUUGUAUUUAAUGUCCAAAGUAAUGGUGAUUCAGCUUUACUUAUUUGGUUGCUGGUGUCAAUUGGAUUUUGUGGAAUGUUAUUCGGAUUAUUAAUAUCAAUAUAUAGCACGUCACACACAGUUGCCAAUUUUGUAACGACAGGAGCAUUUUAUCCUAUGAUAAUUCUUUCAGGCAUAUUGUGGCCAUUGGAAGGAAUGAAUUCAUUCUUAAGACAUGCUGUAAAAUUACUUCCAUUUACAUUACCUAUAAUUUCAGCUAGAAAUAUUAUAGAAAAAGGUUGGAGCAUAACAGAUUUAGAUGUGAGUAAAGGUUUUAUAGCAAUAGGAAUUUGGAUUUUUAUCUUUGCUGUACUUUGCGUAUUUGGCCUUAGGCGAAGAUCAUAGUUUUAAUUUUUUUUAUAUAAAGUUACUUAUAUAAUAUAAGUUAAAUUAUAUAAUUUAAGUCCAUUAUAUUAUAUAGUUCAUCUUUCACUAUAUAGAAAAUGUUCACAUUAAAAAACCAUUUAUUGAAAAUUAUAUAUUUUAAGUACUAGCGAAACUUUGUAAUUUUUAGUAAGAAUUUAGUAAUCUAAAAAAAGGUGAUAAAAAUGGAUUUCUUUUCUUUUUUUUGUAAUUUUAUGUAGAAAAAAUUAUUUCAAACUACAAUAUAUAUAUAGUAUUUUAUAAAUUGGAAGUUUUAAUUUGUUUUUAAAACUUUAAAAUCUUAGGCAGUUAUUUGUAUAAAAAAAACAACUUAUUUUUAGAUAAAAUUUAGAAAAAUAAGUGAAGUUUGAUUCCAUGUAAUUAUUUAAAAGGGAUAAAUUUCUAUAAAAUUUAAUAAUAUAACUUUCUAACCAGCCAACAAAAUUCUGUUUAACAGUUCAAAUAAUGAAAUAUAACUAUUACCAUAAUAAUAUACUGGUGUGAAAGUCACUUGCUAUAUAUGUGCAUACAUAUGUACAUGCAUAUUUGAAAUUUUAAUAUAAAAACUACGUUAUUUGAAAACUAGGUAUAAAUUUUUCAGUAAAAAUUUGAAAUCCGGAAAUUCAAUGGCCCAUCGUGUUGAAACAAAUAUUAACUUUUUGUUUUUGAAUCAAAAUAAAUUUUCCUUUUUAAAAAAUAUUGAGAAGUUUUGUGAUGUUUCUCUUUUUCCAAAUUGUUUUUAGUGGUAAGUUUAUGUACGAUUGUAUUAGUUUAAUUUUCAAUAAACUCUGUAAU